AUGUAUGUACAUAAUAGAGUACUCACGCCAAAACCCCACUUCUCAGGUCGUAUUCACCAGCACUACGUGGACCGAUACCUCCACAGUGGUGAGUAUGCGAAGGGUAGAGCCGUUGGUAACUCGCGCAAACUGGUUGGAAAGCGUAAGGACGGGUCGCUAUUCGCUAUGAGCCUGACUGUGAGUGAGAUUGCCGGUCUAGACAGAGAGCGGACGUUUGUGGGCUUCAUACGUGAUCUCACUCACCUGGAGAAGAUGCAGGAAGAAUUGGAGAAGAAAACUCAGCGUACGAUGGAUAUCUUCGAUUCGUCGUACGAUGGAAUGGUUGUGGUGGACAUUGAGGGAUCCAUCCAAUCGUGCAAUGUGACUGCCUGCAGAAUGUUUGGCUACACGAGACAAGAAGCUCUGCAAUUGAACGCCAAUACGUUGCUGAGAGGAACGCUCACACGCACAGCCGAAUGGGAGAGAGUCAAACGAUCACUCGGAAUGGUGCAGGGAUUGGCGCUACAACAAGGCGGCACAUGUGAAGGA